AGACUCCACACACCGCCGGCUGUGUUUGUGCAUGCUGCCUGGGAGUCAAACAGACUGGGUUUGUUUCCUUCUAGUGCCUUCCUUAAUGGGAUUUAGGGAUGAGAGGAGCCUGAACACCAACUGCCUGUGAGGGAACUAUCAGUAUGUCGGACAAGCAGUCCCAGGUUACACAGCCCAAGACCCAACUCCCCAGCAAAGAGCAAGUUUCAAAAUGCUUUGAUCUGAUGAUGCAGUCCCAGUUUAGCUGGGAGAAACUUCUGCUGCCAACAAUUGAAUCUAUCACUAUUUUAAGUGAAUUAAUUCAGCAGGCUGCAAGAUCAAAGGACAUUAAACUCAAUCAAGGAAGUGCAAACAAGAAGUCCAAGUUUCAAAAUCCACAAUCAUUAUCCAGUUGCCUGAUGAAUAUUUGCAACCAAACUGUAAAGUCGUUUCAAGAGACCCGCAAUAAUCUGGAGCAAAUGCAGAUCUCCUGUGAGGGGAUCACUGUCCAUGUGAAGAAUGUGGCUGAAGGGUCAACUCAGGACAAAGACUUCCACUGUCAACUGAGCAGCAUUAAGAGCUGUGCAGAUCAGUGCAAGGAAAAGGCUGACUCUGUGGUAACUGAGCUCUCCAAUCUGAGUGACCUCUUCAGUGAGCUCCUAGAGAUGUGUGCAGCUUCUCAGAUUGCCAGCCAGGAUAAACUGGAAGAAGUAAGGAAAACCUUGGAGGAAACCAAACAAAGGAAUGAGUUAAUAGAGAAAGAGAAGGAAGAUUUAGACAAAGAAUGGAAUGAGGUUUCCCAGAAGCGUCAGGAACUCCGCAAUGAAUACACUGAUGUAAAUUCCAGUGCUUUCGUUGAUGAGCUUUGUUUGGAAGGAUUGAAGAAGAUGAAGGAGCUGCUCCCAAAAAUUAUUGAGCUAGCGAGCAGGUUGACCAACCCAAUAAUGAGCUUAGAGGAGCUGAGAAAAGGGGUCAUGUUCCUCAUCGAGCUGUCAGCUCAACUCAGCAGCAAAGAAUUUUCGGAAUCAAACACUGAAAUCAACAAUUUCCUCAAGACAGUCAGAGAGCAAGCAGCAGCGAAGAUCCAGGAAGUCCAAUGCAAGUUGGAGGAAUCAAACAAUAAUUACCAGAAAUGUCUUGACAAGAUGAAAAGUUUGGGUGAAGAGAAUGAGACAUUUUUGAGAGAGAUAAAGGACAAUCGGACAGAGGAGAGCAAUAUCAGUACAAGUCUGGAGCUGAUGGUCAAAGGGCUUGGGGCUCUUGGGAGCAUCAAAACCCACUGGUCAAAGAUGAUCAACUUCAUUCAAAUCAUACCCAAGGUAAUUGAAGAUUGUCUGAAGGCAUUACAAGAGCUUGGUGCUGUGGGUGAUGGAGGCACACUGAGUGCUCCAGGGAUGUUAACCAGGAGUCAGAUCCAAGUAUACCAGGCAGUCAGCACCAUAAGCAUCAUUGGUGCCAUGUCAAAAAACUACGUGGAGAUUUACGACAAAUACCUUAAGAAUCCACUGAGAGACCUGAGGCCAUUGUUGCUUGGACAGGGGCCGGAACACAAGUUUAAGCAGAUCCAGAAAAAAUGUUGUGCAGCAAGAGAGGAAAUACAGAAAAAGGUCACUAAGAAUCAAGAAGAGUUUAGAAAGAAUGGAAUUGAAGCCAUCGAAAAACUGACAUAAAAGCAAAAAACUGCAGAUGCUGGAAAUCCAAAACAAAAAUAAAAAUAGCUGGACAAACUCAGCAGGUCUGACAUCAUCUGCGGAGAGGAACACAGUUAAGAGAAUGCCAAAGAUUCACAUCCCUUUGAGGGAAGAUGUUUCUUCUCAUCUCAGUCUGAAAUGAUCAUGCUGUUAGCCAGCUCUCCCCUCAUACCUAUGUAAUUCACUUUAAAAUUCUUGUUUUGGGCUCCAAGAUGUCGCUCUCACUGUUGAAUUCCAUAUUAAGUUGUUUACAACCACUUUUCUCCAGGUAAUUUUUUAUGAUAAGAUUACUAAUCAAACCUGCCUCAUUGUACAGUUCUAGACUAAAAUAGCUUUACCUGCCAGUUGGUUCCACAAUGUAUUUUCCAGGAAACUGUCAUGAAAGAAUUCUACAAACUCAUCUUCCAAAGUAACUUUGCCAUUUCAAUUUGUCCAGUCUAAAUUAAGACUAAAGUCCAACACAAUUAUAACAUUGCCUUUGUUAAAAGCUGAUAAGGGGA